UAAGUUUUAGGUUAACAAAUCAUCAUAUCAAUAAGAAAGCUGUAUUUUUAUGUUUUGCAGUUCAAGUGAUGACAAGGAAAGGCAAAAAAUUCAACUCGAAUGCUAAAAACGACAAGGCAGUAUUGUUAGAGCGUUCUUCGGGUUGCUUAAAAUGUUCCAAAAGUGUAUUUCUAAAUGAAAACUUUGAUAGGUGGUAUCGGAUUCGUAGUGAAUGCUCAUUCAGUAAUGACGAGGACUUUACGAGUUAUCUUUUGGAUAUUGUAGAAUCUAAAACCAAAUCUAAUAAUAUUGGAAAUAAUGCAUCCAAAGAUAGUAUAUCAAUAUCCAUUGACGCUAGACCGCUCAUCAAUGCAUCAGCACUUGAAUCAAAGUCGAUUGUUUCACAAAAUACGAAGAAAAAUAAUUUGAGAAUACUGAAAGUUCCCUCCCCUUCAAGUGAACAAUUGUCUGGAACUAGACCGAAAGCAGAAGAGUCUCCAGCCGAGAAAGGUGAUGAAGGAGAGAGAUCUGAUGGAAUAAGUGAUGAGGAAAAGGAGAAUGUUGGACUUGAUGAAGAUACCAAAGCUGGAAGUCCAGCUGUCGUGAAAGAUGAUAUUGGUAUCAACAGUAGACUGGAGGGAAACAGUUAUGACCCACAGUGCAAGCAAAUUGUGAUUUCGAAUUGUGCUAGUUCAACUGAGAACAGCAUUAUUCUCAAAGAGACUGAACAGAACCAAGACUUGAACAAAGUGAAAAAACACCAACAUAACAAAAACUCCAAUAAAAUAACAAAUGUUCUACCUGAAAAACAACUUGUUAUUAGUAAAAACUCUAAAAAGGAUAGGUUCAGCUCUUUGGAAAAAGGGAGGAAAGAAGAGACUGCAUCUGAUGAACGACCAACCAUCACUGGACGAGUGGAUUGGAGGAGCAACAUUGAUUCAGGUGUCCCUCACCGGGAUGCUCUCUUACCAGCUGAUGGUGUUGAUUUGAAGACAGAGCCAAGUGUCGAUGAUGACCCCACUCCAUUGGCGAUGACCAUCAAAGUGUGCGGUGAUUGUGACUCGAGACAUGCGCAGAACAGCUGUCCGCUGAGGAGUCCGCAGAGUGUAGUGGAGGAUGCGCUCAGUUGGGAACAGUAUUCGGGGGAGUCUGACACGAGUGAGGCUCGCGAGUCAGACUCGUGUGAGACUCGCGACGUGUCGUUUGCGCAUGCCUCGUUGCCCUCCUGUCUGGAGACUCGAGUCACCGAUUCGGAACACGGCUUGGGUGUGGUCACACGUCAGCCUGUCCCCGCUUUCACGCGGUUUGGCCCUCUCGUCGGUCGCCCCAUCAAGCAGAUGGAAAUUCCUGAUGACUGCUCCAUGAAACACGUUUGGGAGAUGUUGUCGGAUGAGGCGGGCACAUGCGCGUACGUGAACACAGAGGGGGGCAACUGGGUGCGUUGGCUGCGACCGGCGCCCAGCCGCGACACGCGCAACCUGGUCGCAAUGCAAAUGGCCGACAAGCUCUACUUUGUCACCACCACCCCCCUCGCCGCAGGCCAGGAGCUGCUCUACUGGACCUCCACGCAACACCACGCCGCCUGGGUCGCCAAGAAAAUCACCAAAACAAAUUGUGGAGGUUGCAAUCUGCAGUUUGCGCAUACCAUCUAUUACCACCGGCAUUGCUCUGUCUUCCAUGAUCCUAAUUUCAGUUUGACGAUCAGAAAGUACCAUUGCAAGAUAUGUGGAUUGUCAGUACUUGGAAAGGAGAACAUCAUGAAGCAUGCUGCCAAUAAUCAUGAUGGAAAGGGCGCUUAUCAAUGCCAGUUUUGCAAGAAGUUUUUCCUGAGACUGAACUAUCUGGAGAUGCAUCGAACCUACGGCUGCUCUCUGAAUCCACAUCGAACGCGGCCUCUAUGUGAUUACUGUGGGAGAAAGUUUUGUCAGCCUCAGAAACUGAAGAUCCACAUCAAAAGAAUGCAUAGUGAAAUCUCGGAAGUGUUGAAGGAGUUCCAGUGCAAGAGAUGUCUGAAGAUCCUUGGCUCGCGAGCGGCGCUGCAGCGGCACACGAAGGAGGUGCACCACAAGGCGAUGCUCUGCUCGUGCACUUGUGACAAGUGCGGCAAGCUCUUCCAGAACAAGUCCAACCUCAAAAUACACAUGCUCACUCACUCCGGCAUCAAGCCUUUCAAAUGCCAGCAGAACGGGUGUUUGGCGGCCUUCACAACGAAGCAGUGCCUGCAGCUGCACUACAAGAAGGUGCACGGCUAUGCUGACAACAAGAUGCCGACCAUCGAGCGAUCAGUUGCCUACACGUUCGACGCGUAUGCGGGGGAGAGGCAAGAUGACCAAGGCGAUCUUGACGUCACUGCCAACGCAAGCACCGAUGCCAAUAGCUGCUGCUCCAGUCCUGCUAUCGAUGAUGGAGAUAUGGACGAUCAGCAAAUUGAAAUCGAACAAGUAGACGAUUACAGGCAGUAUUCCUCGCCACAUUCGGUCGAGGAGCAGGAGGAAGAGCUAGCUGGCUACGACGAGAGGCUGGACCCAUGUGACCAAGAGAGGGACGAGUGGGUGGAGGAGGGGGUAAGGGUGGUUAGUCCAGACAACACCAGCCAGCAGCCGAGGGACGCAGACCCGGGCUUCUACAGGUUUGCUGGUGACGCAAAACCCGAGUCCUCCAACGCCAGUCUCUUAGUCGAAGCUGCUCUAGACGCAGCCGAGAAAGAUAUCGAAAUGUCGUUUAGGGGGAACAAACUGUCGCCCGACCCGUUGUUUCCUAUGCUGCACGGGAAUGUUGAGCGGAUGGAUGCACACCGAGACGUGUCCAAGGAUUACUCGAUGUGUCACCCGGGGGACCAGUACGGCUGUGCGUCGCCGGCCGCAGUGCGCGCGCAUCCAGUCAGCGGCUACAUGUUGCCCGAGCGACUGCAGCCGCACUUUGAGCUGCAUCUGUCGCCAAUCGACGCCUACCCGGAGGCGCGAGGUUACGACUCGCAACCGCGACGCCCUGACGAGUCCUACUCGAGCAGCGAUGACAACGACAACGCCGUUCAGAAUCUCAGCGUCGGCCUGAAACACAAGUCGCUGCAACUCGACCUACACACCGGCUACAAGUACGACGCACAGGAGGAGCGCAGUGACAGUUUCGAGUGUGAAGGUGUGGACAUGUCACGUGCGGGCAUUUACCAUCACGGAUUUGUCUCCCGCUACCCCCACUACUCGUACGCCGCUCACUCGGCCGACGUCCUUCGCGUUGUCAACCUCAGUCACAGCAUCGAUUUGUCCCUAGCGUCGCGUGGUGCAAACCACCAUCACAUGAUGGACGCCGGCCUCAGGGGCGUCUCUACGCCUCCGCCUCCUCCUCCGCCUCCACCACCUCCUGCCUACCAAAACUAUCCCUCUCCACCCCCUGCCGCUCCAUACCUUGCUACUGGUUCAGCUAGAGUUACUCAUUCGCCAAAUAUUUCCAUGUAUCAUCAUUUCUCAAGCUACUAGAUGCUGUUCAUUGAGUUGGAUGCUUAAAUACAUAAUUAUGAGACUUCUAUCUAUCCCUAGAUUGAUAGAUAUAUCUAAUUAAUUUUUAUAGAAAUCACUAGUACAUUGUCUAUACUUUUUUAUUUAAACACCACUAGUUUUAGCUCUCAUGUCAUUUUCAAGUGUCGAAAUAUUUUUGCUGAAACUAGUACUUAGUGUUUAAAUAAAAAAGUAUAUAGAGGGUACUUCUAGUGAUUUCUAUGAUAAUUUAACAGUUCGCGUAUCCCUAUCAAAAUACUCUAUCCAUAUCUAUAUUGAUAGGCGUAGAUCCCCACUAUGAGAGUACAUAGUACUUCUAUGCGAGUAUAGAUAUAUCCAUAUUGAUAGGGAUAGAUUCACCACUACGAGAGAGUACAUAGUUCUUCUAUGUGAGUACUUGGAUUCCAAUCUACACCUCAACUCUCCAUACUAUAAGACUACUAUCUAUGAGAGUUCAUAGAAGAAUGCACAUUGUAUUCCUAUGAGAGUAUUAUAGAGUACAUGGAUUCUUAUCUCCACUUGUCAACUGCUUUGGAUAGAUCAACUCGUUCACCAAAUAUUUCUAAGUAUUAUCAUUUAUCAAGCUACUAGUCACUUUUCCAUUGAGUUUGAUCCAUAGAGAUGUGUUUGUCAAUAAUGUAAAUAAGAGAUGAGCAAAUUUGGAGAAAGCAGCUGGAAGGAAAGAUAUCCUUACUGCCGUGAACGAACGCAUUUCACGCCAGUCGCAAGCGCUCUUAGCCUUCAACUUCCCAAUAAUUCGUGUUGUGGUAGUAGUAAAGUUCAACUGCAAUAUCUUCAAUAAAAACUUUUAAUCAAAUCAAAAUAUGUAUGAAUUUAUACAAAUCUUUUUCAAUUUAGAAAACAAUAUCUAAAACUAUAUUUGGGAUUGUAUUUCUUAUUGCACGUUUUUAUAUAAUCUGAGCCGGCCAAUAACGAUACUGCAUGUCUGUCAAAAAUGUCUGUAGGCUACAGACUUAUAUAACUGCCGUAAAACAGCUGAUCUUAGCUUGAAGCCUUUUGCCGAAGACAUAAAAAGUCUGUACAGACAUGUUUGAAAGACAUGCAGUAUCGUUAGUGGCCACCCUUACAAACUCACAUUAGAUCAUAUUUAAUGUCAAUUUUUAAUAAUGUUAGGUCUGGAAAGGGCAAAACUGUUAGUCAUACAAGUAUUAAAAAGUUGCAAAGUUGUUAUUUUACACUUUACGUGCAUCAAGAGAUUUUUUAUGAGAUUUAGUCCAUCACUAGACCAUGUUGGUUAUUGACUAGUUUCUUCAUCGUUGUAUGUACAACAAUUAGUCAAUACCGAAAUGUGUUUAAUAAACGUUUAAUUUAAGAUCUGAAACCAGUCAAGGAGGGAGUGGGCUCAGACUGACCAAUGGAGGAGCAUGGUCUCCAAUCUGUUCCACUGUCAAAUUACUCAUCAACAUGAGAUGCACAAAAAAAUUAACAUUAACUUUUAACACGUCACUAACUUCAUGUUACAUUUUCUGGAAGGUCAAAAUGACAGAAAAGUUUCAUUCCCAAGUUAUGCAGGGACGGCUGAGGUACCUAUUUUGUUCGUGAUUGUUAACUAUGCUAAAACCAUCAAAUUGAAAAUAAGCAAUAUUUGAAAAGUAGAUUAGAUUUUAAGCUGUAUGUAUAAAAUCAUGGACAUUUAGGCAUGUUUGGAUUGAUUCUAUUUCUAACCUCGGUCGUCUUCUGUAUACAGUUGACAAAACUUUAUAACUUACAUCAUUUAAAAGAUUGUAGCUGACAUUAGUUUUCAUGUAUAAUAGAAUAUUAAUACUCAUACUAAUGAAUGUAUAACUGAAUUCGAUACAGCAUUUCCAACGAAACAGUAAUUUUCAAUUAGUUAUUUCACUGGAUGAUUUCUAUAAUAAAUACAAUUUUAAUAUCUUAGCAUCUUUUUUAUUUCUAAGAAAUAACAUGUUUAAGAUUUCAACAUCUUUUUACUUGAUAAUUUUGCAUGUAUUUGAUUCGAAAAUCUUGACUGCUAUAGUAUCAAUUUUGAUUAAAGUUUUCGAGUUUCUUUUGAAGAAAUUACAAAUAGUGUAGGCCUACAUGAUACGGUAUUGUAGUAUCAUCUGUCACGCCAUGCUUUGUAAUUAUCUUUUCAAUCAUUGUUACCCUUUUUCUGUUUGAAUAAACUUUCAAUAGCCUA